UUGAAGAGGAGGUGGCGACAACUAAACCAUUCCUUGGGAGCACUGAUCUGGAUCAGGAUAGCUCAAGUUUUGAUGUGAAGACGGAAAAAUAUAACAACGAUAUACAUUCAGACUCAGUGGGUUCAGAUCAAAUCAGAUCUGAGAACUCUCUAGCUCCAAUAUUCGUGAGUACAAUACGUCCAGACUUCCAGGUUAAAUCCAGUGAAUUAAACUUAAGGUACGGUCCUAGCGGCAGGGGUGUAUAUGAUAGUUUAGACUAUGCUAUACUAAUAUUCAAAUACAGGGGUGAAUAUGAUGGUCUAGAUUAUGAUACACUAAUAUUCUAAUACAGGGGUGUACUGUAUAUGAUGGUCUAGACUAUGCUAUACUAAUAUUCUAAUACAGGGGUGUAUAUGAUGGUCUAGACUAUGCUACACUAAUAUUCUAAUACAGGGGUGUAUAUGAUGGUCUAGACUAUGCUAUACUAAUAUUCUAAUACAGGGGUGUAUAUGAUGGUCUAGACU